AUGAUGCUUUCGAGAAGGGUUGUUACUAAACACUUGGCUAGAACUACACUUGCAAAAGCGCCACAGUUUGUUCUCCCCGUGUGCUCCACAAUAUCCAAAUAUUGCGAUCCCGUAGUCCAAUCCAGGACCUCAAAAAUAUUCACAAGGGAAUACGCUACACACGUUGAAGAGUAUGAAAUUGACUUUAUAUCUUUAAAGAAGAAGAACAAGAGGAAAAGUGACAAUAGUAACGACAAGUUGGAUCUUGAUACUCCAUUACCCAACUUUGAAAUCAAGCGUCCAGAAAAUGUCGAUUUCCCAUACCACAGGAUCCACGAAUACAACGAGUCAUUAAUGGAAGACUUGUUAGAGUGGCACGACUGGGACUAUAAAUUGAUCAACGACGAUGGAAUUUCCGAAGGUCUUUCGUACACGAAAUGCUAUUACGAUGAGUUGAGAGUAUUUGAGCGAUUCUUGCAAGACACAUUUAACUAUAGAAUCAAAAACUUUGCUGAUCUUUCUGGUCUGGAAAUUGUCAACACUUUGUUCAUAUUUAAAGAUUAUUACACCAGGGGGGAAGUUCCAGAGGUGACAGAUGCCAAAAAGGCAGGGUACGAUGAGAUGGUACAAUAUUUUAUCGAAUUUGUCAACAAGGAUGCCCAGUUUCCACAGGAGAUUGUGAAGGAUUAUCUCCCACAAGUUAAACGCGAACGAGAAAUUAGUGACUUUCUCGACUUGGGUUUGUAUUUUUACGUUCCGGAAUUGGAGUCUUUGGAUCGGGAAUUUAAUUUCAAACGAGUUCGAUCAAAAAAAGACUUGAUACUUCAGAUUGACAAGACUGUCAAUGAAUUUGAUCAUUUCUUGGAGGAAAACAAAAGUGCAAACGAAGCAUUUUUCAAAGUUUUGGUUCAAGUUGAGCGUUACAAAGCACUACGCGAUAAACUUGCAAAAUCAAUUACACCGUUGAAAACAAUCAAAGCCAUCUUUGAAAAACAUGAUUUUGAUUCAGCAGUAAGAGCUUCUGUGUUUGAAGAUUUGGAAGAGGAGUUUGACACAGAGGAAAUCGAAGAGUUGGUUUCCGAGUUGGGUGUGUUGUGGAGUAUGUUUGAAUUUGGGAACUACAUCCCUGCUACUUCCAGGUAUGAGGUAUUGGCUCCUCGUUUGUACGAAGUCUCUGUUACCCCAAAUCAUCGACUCAAAGAUGAGGCAAAGUACUUGUUGGAAACGUUGACCACGGACCAGUUGAGGUCCGGCAAGCUUCUCCACUCUCUUACUGAUUACAACUUUCACACCUCAAAGUACAAAUUUACUGGAAAUUUGGAAGAGGAUUGGACUUUGAAUCACUUGCUUAAGUGGGGCUUUGCUUUGGAAAAUGCCGCCUUUGCGGAAAACGGAUAUGAUUGGAUCGACUUUGACCACGAGGACUGGACUACUUGUGAAGCAUUCUAUUGUAUGGACAAGUACCUUAUCCAAAGAUUGGCUGAAACUCCGGAGAUUUUGAUAAAGUAUUUGAAAUUGAAAGGUGACAGCUUGACAAGGUGUCUUCCAAAGGAUUCUCCCAUAUUUCAACAACGAAAAGCACUUUCAAAGACAAAGGAGCAAUUGGGUGUUGAUUUCUCUUUCUAUGCAGAUGCCAAUCACCUCGCCAAUGAUAUGAAAGAGAGAUUAUCAUUACCAAGAGGGUCCAUUGACAAUUUGAGCCAAGCAAUCGAGGCUUCCACGAAGUACAUUGGUAACCACUUGGAGGUUUUGGACGAGCUCGUGAGAGAAUUUAAAGAGGACGCACCAACCGACAAGCAUGCUGCUAAUUUACAAUAUAAGCAAAUUCCAGACUGGUUACGUCUCGAAAAUCACGUACCAGAAAUUGAAUUUCUCAAGAACUUGACGGGAGGUUUUGGUGACAAGACAAGGGUCAUAUCGGUAAUUGAUAGCGUUACUAAAGUGAUCUUGGAAGAUAACAACACAUUUCCUGAGAUAAAUCAUGGUAGUUUACUUACUUUGCGGGCCAAGUUAAAGGAGUUUUCAUAUAACAACACUACGGACUGUUUGGAGAUCUUGAAUACUGUUGCACUUAAUAAUGAUGUUUUUGCACAUUUUGAAAAACAAGUCAAGGAGAAGUCACAAGUUUUGGAGACGCCUUAUGUGCAAAUACCCGACGAGUUGGAGUUGUCCAAUUUCGUUACCGAGUUACGUAAACUAAGAGACGCACUUGGUGGUACUCCAUUCAAAGAACAUACCAGUGAUGAGGUGUUGAAGGCCUUGGAUUACCAAAUAGAGCGUUUUUUUGAUGGUGAAGAGAACAACUCGCUCAUCUCAAGUAACUCUGACUCCUUUAGAUACAUCAGAUUAAAGAGAAGAUUGGGCAGAUUGUUUGAUAUGAAUGGGAGAAAUACAGAAGCGUUGGACGUAUUGCUUAAUAGCCAAGCCGUUUUUGAGUCCUUUGAGAAGGAGAAGAAGGAAAAGGAAGCAGUGGAAGAAACUAAAGAGUACAGGCAAAUGCCAAACGACUUUUUCUUAGAAGAGUACGUUCUUGAAUUGAAGCAAUUGAAGGACUCGUUACAUAUUGAAAAGUUUGCAGAUGUUUACGCUGAUGAUAUUUUGGCCAAGAUAACAGAAUUGUCGAAAGCAAACUACUCAACACAGGACAAGAAAUUGAUUUGGCACAAAUUGUACAGAAACUUGGCGUUGCUUUUCAAGCACAAUCAUGGAGCAACAUUUGUUUUGGACAAUGUUUUAACUAGCGCUGUUGAAUUGGAGAGAUUGAAUAAGUCUGUAUUGUCAAAAGCAAAUAAUCCAAUCGGAGAUCAAAUGAGAUUUUUGCAGAAGGAUGAGUAUGACGUGUUGGGUGCCUUUUUAACUGCAUCGAGAUUGUUGUACAAGUCUGAUGUCACUAAUGUAUCCAAGAAUGAGUUUAACAGGUUGGUUGAUGAAUACGUUGCAACCUUGGAUGCCACGUCGUUAGGCUAUUUGUUCAAGAAGGAUAUUCUUGAAUCAUUGAAGAGCUACAAUGAUGUGGUUGAGCACUAUCCUGCCUUCAUUGUAUGUGUUUACGGAAUGGCCAAGAACUUGGCUGAAGAGGUUAUUACCAAACAAAGAUUACUGGAGUUUUACACUGACUUGGCUCGAAGCGUAUCUGAGGAAGCCAAAGCAGCCGAAAAGGACAGAUUAGAUCCAAUGCGUGCUGUUGCACCUUUGGUGACAGAGGCUGGAAAUGUUGAAGAGGUGACAAGCGAAACAACGCCAGAUGUCGAAUUCGAAUACGACAUUAGAGAGUAUGAACCAGUGAAGACUAGUACAGAAACGACGGCAGAUUUGAGGCCCCGCCCUUUGAGCUCUUUGGACAAGAAGAAGUAUCAAGACUCCGAGCAGUAUAUUGCUGAUUUGGACAAUCAGAGAGAGAUCGAAUCCAAAGAUGAGGCUUUUGAGGACGCCGUUAGAGCCGCAUUUGCAUCUGCUUUACAAGAGGAGGGGGUGAAGGAGAUUAAAGCUGAGAAAGGUGACGAACUCAAACCACAUACAAGAUGGUCAAGAGCACCGAAGGCAGCGGUUAGGGCCACAUCUUCCAUAGACACUGCAAAGCUAGAGGAAUACCUUUCGAAAUUGAAGCAGGAUGAAUUGUCAAAGCAAAGGCAAGAAGAUGCUUACAAAUGGAGCAAAGAGAGAUACAACCAGUCGUUGGCCACAUCUUCCAAGAAGUAUUUACUUUUGAGUUUGGUAGGUGAUGAAAUAUCUGUAUCUCCAAACUUGCUCCAAAACGAACUUUCUCAGGAGAGGGACAUUUUUGAGAUUUUGAACCAGUUUAGUGAUCAAGAGCUCGCACUCGUGAAUGACCGAUUGCAGAGCUUACAGAGUGACAACUACAAAGUGGUUGGAUACAAGAUCGAUGGUGGGCGCAAGUACUUGAUUUUGGAGAAUGAAGGUAGCAGAGAUGAUGGAUACAGGAGAAAUUCUGGCAAGUCUUCUUGGAGCAAGCGCGUAACUACUGGUGCAGUUGCUGGUAUGCUUGCGUAUCUUGCUCUAAACUUUGUCCCAGAUGAGCCAAAGGGGGCAUCAGAGAGACAAGCAGUGGGAUCUGCUGAUCGUACUUCAACUCUCGAGAGGUCGGAGCCGAUCGAAACAACAGUAAAUGCACCCGCAUCUUCAACACACGUACCUGAUUUGUCAGGGCUGGAAGAGCGUGUAGAGGACCAGAAGAGGUUUGAUUUCAGGAAUAUCUUGUGGAGCAAAAAGAGAGAUUGA